GGACCUGUUGCGAGCCUGAAUCGGUGUCUUUGUCUUCGUUACUGGACUGACUUGAAUGGACCGGUUCCUUCAUUGGUCGGCUGACUGAGCACUACAAGCCCACCGGUGGUGUGUGUGUGGGAGUGGGCGACGCACACAAAACAGGAACCUGAAUGUCAGAGCGCCACGCUGAUGAAUCAGACGUGGAUCUGGAGCGUCGAUAAAUAGGCUGAGAGGACGAUGGACUAGAGGAGUUCAUAAGCUUAAUAUUUCCCACCUCCCGUGAAGGCAGCACCGCCCCUCUUGAAGUGAGUCCGCCUCUGCGCUCCAGCCGACAGCCCCGGACUCUAACUGGCUGCGUGGGGGAGCCGGUGUGGGCGCAGCGGAGGACUUUCCUAUAAAAGCAGGCAUCCCGCGGACGGAGGAGCCUGUCUCUCUCUCUGUCUCCGGCGGACCAGAGACGCGAUUCCCCGCCAACACCUUUCGCUAUUUCUCCCGGGAAAAAAAAAAUCAUCUCAGCCUCACAUAAUAAAAAAAAAGGGAAUUCAUAGUUUGUGGUUCUGACUGACGCUCCAGCAAGGAUGUCCCGGACCGACGAGGUGCACCGUAUAACCGAGAAUGUCUACAAGUCCAUCAUGGAGCAGUUCAACCCCUGCUUGCGGAACUUCAUAGCCAUGGGAAAAAGCUACGAGAAGGCGCUCACCAGUGUCACAUAUGCUGCAAAGGGCUACUUCGACGCUCUGGUGCGGAUGGGCGAGAUGGCCAGCGAAAGUCAAGGCUCUAAGGAUCUUGGGGAGGUGCUCUUUCAGAUGGCUGAAGUGCACAGACAGAUCCAGAUCCAGCUUGAAGAGAUGCUGAAGUCUUUCCACAACGAGCUGCUCACAGAGCUGGAGAAGAAGGUCGAGUUGGAUGCACGCUACCUGAACGCUGCACUGAAGAAGUACCAGACGGAGCACAAGAGCAAAGGGGAGAGUUUGGAGAAGUGCCAGGCAGAGCUGAAAAAACUGCGCAGGAAGAGCCAGGGCAGCAAGCACCCGUCCAAGUACGGAGACAAGGAGAUGCAGUAUGUGGAGGCCAUCAGCAAUAAGCAGAGUGAGCUGGACAACUACAUUGCUGAGGGCUACAAGAACGCUCUGUCCGAGGAGAGGAGGAGGUACUGCUUCCUGGUGGACCGCCAGUGUGCCGUAGCCAAGAACGGCAGCGCCUACCACGGCAAGGGGAAGGAGCUUUUAUCCCAGAAGAUCCCUGUGUGGCAGCAGGCGUGUGCCGAGCCCAACAAACUGCCAGAUCGUGCCAUGUUCCUGGCCCAGCAGAUGAGCAGUGUAACUGGCACCAUGGUUCCCGGUGGUCAUCAUCCAGGCAUGUCCAUCUCUGAGCCCAUCCCUGGUGCUAAACCACUGCCGGUGCCUCCUGAGCUGGCGGCCCUCAGGGCAGGUGGAGGCAUGGGACAUCAGAGGCUGAUGGACGGAGGGAUGCCGGUGAUGAAUGGCACAGGCGGCGCUCACGGAGGGGAGGACUACCAGCAGUGGAUGGAGGGCAAGGUGGCCCAGAGCAAGGCCUCACCGCAGACCCAGCGGCACGGAGGGGAGGGCUACUCAAACACCCUGCCUGUGCGCAAGGUCGCCCCGCCCAAGAGCAAGACCACACUGACGGAGACUCGGACGCUGCCUCGGUCCAGCUCCAUGGCAGCGGGGCUGGAGAGGAACGGGAGAACUCGAGUCCAGGCCAUCUUCUCGCAUGCAGCCGGCGACAACAGCACCCUGCUCAGCUUCUUUGAGGGCGAUGUGAUAACCCUGCUGGUCCCCGAGGCCCGUGAUGGGUGGCACUACGGAGAGAAUGAGAAGACGAGGAUGCGUGGCUGGUUUCCCUUCUCCUACACGCGGGUGAUCUCGGACAGCGACAGCAGCUCAAUGAGGCAGCUUCGGGUACACAACCUCCACGGGAAGAGCAGCAGCACAGGCAACCUACUAGAGAGAGAAGACAUGGCUCUGCCCGUCCCUGAUUACGGCCUCCACUCCCGUAUGGAGGCACAGAGCGCUGCCGCGCUGCAUGGAAGACAACAACAACAACAACGCCCCUACAGUGUUGCGGUGCCAGGCUUCUCACAGCAAGGAGUUGAAGAGUACGAGCCCCGCUUCCCCACAAGUUCCACAGAGGGCAAAUUGAUUUCGACAGUGUGAGGACAGACAGACAAACAGGCACAGACUCAGCCAGACGAUGCAAUAGGACAGGCACCUUGCUGCCCCCCCCUCAACCAACCCCUUCCCUCACCCUUACCCCUCCUCUCCUGCCUCCCUGCCUCCCACUUACAGCAAUAAACUCUCCCUGAGCCAAUCAAUGCAAGGAAGAUGCUUUGGUCUGUAUCUUUCCCUCCCUCUGAUCUCCCUCUUUCCUCCCCCAAUCCCCCCCCAUGCUGUCUAACUAUCCGGUUGCCUCACCGACUACUGACUCCUUGCGAUGCCUCGGUGCCGUGCCGCGCCAAACCAGAACAAAACAGACUCUGUGCCAUCCAAAUAUUGAAAAUCAAUGUGAUGGACAUUUUUCUCUGAGGAAAAUGCAUCUCUUGCUUGUCUUUCAUGCAUGUACAUUUCUUUUACAUAUCGCUGGGGAUUCUAUUUCCCCACCAAAGGGAACCAGAUUCUCACAAAUGUCAGUGCUCUCCAUCAGAAUGACAAUGUAAAGGAUAUGUAAAUCAGGGUGUGUGAAAUGAAUAAUGUUGAUCCCAAAGAGGAUUUCAAUGUUAAAAAAAAAUAAUAAUAAAAAAAAAAAACGGCAUUACAAUCAAUAUAUUUACUGGGUCUUUCAGUAUUCAAUAAUCAUUUUACCUUGUCAUGCUGUGAGGUUUUGUAUUCCUCUGAGAUAAGAGGCCAUGUAUCACGAAUAGUGAACAGCUAAUAUCAAUGUUUUAACUUAAGAGUGGAGACAAUGUGACUGGAAUGUUGACUGUACAUACAUAAAUGUGCCAUACAGAAGUGCUUGUCAUAAAGUAUCUAGAAUCAGUUCAUUCAACAACAAAAAAACGCACCUUAUUGAAAAAUAAUCGUCUAUAUUUCUGACUUUCUGUAAACAAACUUACUGUAAUAACGUUUCCAGUAUCAGCCUUUGGACUUGUUCUCCACCAUCUUAUGGAGGGACGCUGUGCUCUGACACACAAACCCAGGUGCUCGGGGGUCCUUUGGCUAUUUAUUGUGCGGUGUGAAUAUCAUACCAAGGCUGAAUGGGGUCAACUCUCCCUCGUCUCUGAGCAACAUGCGAGGCUCCGAGUUUGGUUCGGAAAAAUUGCGACGUUUUUCUUAAACAAAAAUGCUGACCAUUUGCUAGCUUCUCAAAUGUGAAGGUGUACUGCUACAAAAAAGAAAAAGCAAUGAGAAAGCAAUUUAGAAGACUUUGGUAUUUGGACAUGUUUUUACAUUUCGCAGAAAAGAAAAAAAUUAAUAGGCUGAUAAAUUCAUUACAUUUCUAAUAGUUGCUGCCUUAGCUAGGUUACCCAUCGUUCAUGCAGAAAAGAAAAGACAACUGGAACUGUUUGGCUUGAAGCACAUGAUCUCCAAACACGUUUUUUUGUUUUGUUUUUGCAACCAUUUUUAAAGAAACAAUAUGUACAUAUUAUAGUGCCUCUUACUGUGGAUUAAAUUACUAAUGUGAAUAAUAUAUUUUUAUGGCAACUUAAAGCUAUUGUGCGUAGCUUCUGUCUCCCCCCAUGAGGAAUUCAUUAUCUAAGUAAUGACAACACUGUCGGAGCGUCCACAUGAUACAAGCCUUU